AUGAAGAGAGUCUGCUUGCAGAACAACGUGUGCAUGAAUUUUCACACAAAACGCUAUAGCAGCUUGGUAUCAGACCUAGUUGGCAUAGGGAAAAAUGAAUUUUACGAGGUUCCAUAUAAACAGAAUAUAAACAGUACAAACUUUACAAAACUAAUAUGCAAGAAUUCAUACAAUACAUACAGAAAUAAGGUCUUUAGCCCAGGGAUAUAUAAUAACGUACCACAAAACUAUAUGAAUAUGCAAAUGAAUAAUAAUGAGAAUAACUUAAAUAAUAUGCCGAACAAUAUGAAUUACAAAUAUGACAACAUACCUAAUAGUUAUUAUCAAUCAAAAUAUAACACGUGUGUAAAUAACGAAAACUCAGAUAAUAAUCCUGCCAUGACAAGUGCCAACACUACAUAUCAGUAUUUCAGCAUUUUUGGAAGUACAGCUAUGUGUUUAAUUAAACCAAUAUAUCCUGACUGCAUUGUGAACAAAAAUAAAGUCACUAUUUAUGGAAAGGGAGGUUUUCAAUUUAUUUUUAUGAAAAAACAAAAUAAUUCAAAUAAAUAUGACAAAAACAAUAAAAUGAGUAUAUUUUUGAAAAUUAACAGUUUAUCAAAUAUAUUAUCUUUGAAAGAUAUUGAAAAAUUAAAAACACCCAUAUGUGUUAAGGGAAACAAUAAUAACUGUUUAUUCAUUGAUAAGCAUAAGGAAAAAAAAGACCAUAUUGUCAUAAAAUAUAAAUAUCAACCAUCUAAUAAUACAGACAAUAAUUUUGGGGAAGUUAAUAAUUUAGAUAUGGAAGUUAAUGAAAGUACUCAUAUAAAUAAUUUAAAUGAUGAUAAAAAGAACAAUUUUGAGGAAUUACAUGUUAGUUCACCUUUUUCGGAAUUUCUACUUUUUCAGAAUGCAGCAAAUUUGUUGCUCCCGCAGCUAAUUGGUUGGGCAAAGCAACACUGA